CCUCGUCCUCGUCCUCGUCCUCGUCCAAAAAUAAUUUCUUUUAUUAUUUUUCCCAGUUGUUCGGUCUGAAAUAUUUAUAAUAAAAAUAUUUAUUAUAAAACAUGCUGUUAAUAAAAUGCUUGUAGUUAUUCGUAAAUAUAUUUAACGUAAUUUUUAUAAUUUUAAUAUUUGUUAAUUAUUUAAUUAAUAAAAAGUUAAACACUUACAUUUAACGUGAAUAAGCCGGGCGCAGCCGUCCCUGCCAUCGUCGAUGUCUCCGCCGUCGCUGCCAUCGCCGUCGGCGUCGUCGAUGUCGACGCCGUCGCUGCCACCGCCGGUGGCGUCGUCGCUACCACCACCGGCGAUGUUGUCGAUGUCUUCGCCGUCGGCGCCGUCGCUGCCAACGCCGUCGACGUCGUCGCUGCCAUCGCCGUCGGCGUCGUCGAUGUCGACGCCGUCGCUGCCACCGCCGGUGGCGUCGUCGCUACCACCACCGGCGAUGUUGUCGAUGUCUUCGCCGUCGGCGCCGUCGCUGCCAACGCCGUCGACGUCGUCGCUGGCAUCGCCGGCGAUGUUGUCGAUAUCUUCGCCGUCGGCGCCGUCGCUGCCACCGCCGGCGCCGUCGCUGCCACCGCCGUCAACGUCGUCGAUGUCGUCGCUGGCAUCACCGUCGGCAUCGUCGAUGUCGACGCCGUCGCUGGCAUCGCCGUCAGCAUCGUCGAUGUCGACGCCGUCGCUGACAUCGCCGUCGGCGUCGUCGAUGUCGACGCCGUCGCUGUCACCGCCGUCGCCGUCGCUGCCACCUCCAUCGACGUCUUCGUCGUCUCAUCACGAGGAAAUCUACAUGAUGUAG